AUGUCGCACCGCGGAUAUCUUUUCGUAGUAUUAUCGUUAUCAAUUUUAGUUCAAUUCGGAGAAUGUAUUGAGUAUUAUGGCAACUAUAUUGGCUCAAUUUCGACGAAUGGAAUAGAAGCAGAGGUUUAUCUGGUGAACACCAGCCAUAUUCAAGUUGUCAAUUUCAGAACAAAAACAGGAGAACUGGCACCCCUUCCAUUUGCAACUCUUGAUCAAUUCGGCAAACCAACAUUGGCCAGCAAUGUCUAUCAAUAUUUAGAAUCGCCAGCAGGCGAUUGGCUUUUGAAACUUAGUUCGUUAGGAAACAGAAGAAGUGGGGUCAGAUUUGUUCUUGAAUUGCCGGGCUCAGCUGCGCAGUGGAAACAAUUUGCAGUCAUCGGCACUAAUGGAAGAACAAUUGCAUCAAUUAACAUCGACAAACCGGCACCAAAACCGUUCUGCUGUUUCGAGAGGGAAUCUGACAUUGGAUUAUUUGGCGAAUACGGCAUUUUCUCGGAACCGAUUGAAGUUCUCGAUUCGAAGACUCUCAGAAUACCAAAUUUUUCAUACAAGGCGUCAGAGACUCCUGACGGAUACUUCUUUGCUGGAAUUGGACCUACAAUUGAUACGACAUCUGGCAAAAAGGCAAUGAUUGUUGGACGCGACACCCCUAAUCGAAUAUGUGCGAUGCAUCAGAACAUUGUCGAUCAGCAUAUGGUUGUUCGACUUGCUGAAGGACAAACAAUUUAUGAUAUCGAAUGGCUGAGUGUGUUCUGCUAUCAAUAUUCCCACGAUUUCGGUCAUCUUGAUCUUGGACUGGUUGAAGAUGAAGAGCUCGUACCACCAUUCAUGCCGGAUAUCCGAGCAUCACCACCUCCAAGUCUUCCACAGCAAUCAUGCUAA